AGGAGCAGAGCAGGCAGCCGAUUCGACACCUAACCCCCAAUUCCAAUCCCGUAUUUAAUCCCUCCAAUUCCCAAAUCAUCCAAGCCCGAUUCCACCCAAACCCUCCUCUCCUCGCCCGCCAUGAACUCGCUCCAAUCCUUCCUCGCCCUCAACCCGCCCGCCACCGCCGCCGCCCUUGGCGGCCUCGGCCUCGGCGGCGCGCGCCUCCGUCCGUCGCGCGUCACCGCGUGCCUCGCCACGCCCACGCCCACGCCGCCGCCCCCGACCUCCGCGCCCCUCGCCCCCGCCGCGGCCGCGCGCCGCGAGCUGUCCGCCGCGAGCCGCGCCGUGGUGGAGGACGAGGCGAGGUACAUCGUCGGGACGUACAACCGCUCCCGCGUCGUCCUCGUCGCCGGCCGCGGCUGCAAGCUGUACGACGCCGACGGGCGCGAGUACCUCGACAUGGCCGCCGGCAUCGCCGUCAACGCGCUCGGCCACGCCGACCCCGACUGGGUCGCCGCCGUCUCCGCCCAGGCCGCCACCCUCGUCCACGCCAGCAACGUCCAGUACACCGUCCCCCAGGCCAGUCUCGAACGCCGCCUCGUGGAGGCCUCCUUCGCGGACCGCGUCUUCUUCGCCAACACCGGCACGGAGGCCAACGAGGCCGCCAUCAAGUUCGCCAGGAAGUACCAGAGGGUGGCGCGCCCCGACGGGGACGCGCCCACCGAGUUCAUGUCGUUCACCAACUGCUUCCAUGGCAGGACAAUGGGGUCGCUCGCGCUCACCAGCAAGGUGCAGUACCGGGAGCCGUUCGCGCCGGUGAUGCCCGGCGCGACGUUCGCCGAGUACGGGAACCUAGAGGAGGCCAAGAAGGUGAUUCAGUCCGGCAAAAUUGCUGCCGUGUUCGUCGAGCCCAUGCAGGGCGAGGGUGGGAUCCAUAGUGCCACCAAGGAGUUCUUGCAGGGGCUGCGGGAUGCUUGCGAUGAGGCUGGAGCUCUCUUGGUUUUUGAUGAGGUGCAAUGUGGUCUGGGACGCACUGGUUACCUCUGGGCGUAUGAAGCCUAUGGAGUAGUACCUGACAUUAUGACCUUGGCAAAGCCAUUGGCGGGUGGUCUCCCCAUCGGUGUAGUCUUGGUCACCGAGAAGGUUGCUUCAGCGAUAAACUACGGCGACCAUGGUACCACAUUCGGGGGAGGCCCUCUUGUUUGCCAGGCUGCAUUGACCACAUUGGACAAGAUCCAGAAACCUGGCUUCCUAGCAGAGGUGGCCAAGAAAGGAGAGAACUUCAAGCAGCUUCUCAGUACCAAGCUGAGUGGAAACGCCCAUGUGAAAGAGAUCCGGGGGAUCGGUCUCAUCGUCGGCAUCGAGCUCGAUGUUCCAGCGGGUCCUUUGGUCGAUGCAUGCUUGGACCGCGGUGUCAUAGUGCUGACAGCCGGGAAAGGCAAUGUUGUGAGGCAAUGUUGCUGAUUUUUUACAGAGUGAAAUAUAUCUCAUCUUCCUGCUUGCUCCUUCAUCAUUUUGUGCUGGUACAAGAGUACUUGUAGCGUGUUCGGAUCCUCUUAGUGUCCAGCGAUCACACAUAUAUUUUUCUGGUGCCACAUACACAUUCAAUUGUGUCAUCACUUUUAAAACAUGUCCACACAGUAUCUUAUCCCUUUGAAAUUUUUUGCAGGCACAACUGUAGAUUUCAUUGUUUAUGUCAUAAUGAACCAAGAAUUUCUUGUUGUCAUCAUCCAAAAUUAGCUGCACAAAAUAUGAUCCAGGUUCCGGCCCAUUUAUUGUUUUGUAUUUGGUAGCUCUGUAUAGCAUUUCUUGAAACUCCUCAAACAUUGCACGUGUAUAGAACUUUGAGUCUUGUUCUUCCAUUGGAUAGCCAGACCACAUUUUUGGGUCUGUUUGGACUGUUAUAAACCGCUGAUUGUCAUCCCUGUCAAGACAAGAUUGGGCAAGUUUCUCAUAUUGGAAGAUGAAAUUCCUGAUUAAA